AUGCUGCUCUACCUUCUUCUAGCUGCCGGACAGCUAUUCGCCUCAACAGCUGCCACAUUAACUUACAACGGCGCGGAUAUCUCUUCCCUUCUGGUUGAGGAAGAUGCAGGCAUCUCUUACAAGAAUACCGCUGGCACAACGGAAAAGCUGGAAGCCAUCCUCUCGGCCAGCGGUGUCAACUCUGUUCGCCAGCGUAUCUGGGUGAAUCCCAGUGGUGGAUCGUACGAUCUGGACUAUAAUGUUGAGCUCGCGAAGAGGGUACAGGCGCAGGGCAUGGGCACGUAUCUCGACUUGCAUUACAGUGAUACAUGGGCGGAUCCGAAAACACAGACCACACCAUCGGGCUGGUCCACAACAGACAUCGAAGUCCUGGCCGGACAAGUGUACGACUACACACUGAACGUAUGCAACACGUUUGCAUCCAGGAACCUCGAUGUAGACAUCGUCUCCAUCGGCAACGAAAUCCGCAACGGCCUACUCUGGCCACUAGGCGGAACAAGCAGCUACUACAACAUUGCACGGGUCCUACACUCCGCCGCAUGGGGUGUGAAAGACUCCAAGCUAGCUUCCACUCCCAAGAUCCUGAUCCACCUCGACAACGGCUGGGACUGGUCUGCUCAGUCGUACUUCUACAAUAAAGUCCUGGCAUCCGGGUCUCCACUCCUCUCCACGGACUUCGACUACAUCGGCGUCUCUUUCUACCCCUUCUACAACGCGGGUGCGACGAUCGCCGCGCUGAAGACGAGUCUUGCGAACCUGCACUCUACGUACGGCAAGGAGACGCUGGUUGUCGAGACGAACUGGCCGUUUGCUUGUCCCAAUCCUGAGUAUGCGUUCCCGUCGGAUCUGAAGGAUAUUCCGUUUUCGGUUGCUGGACAGCAGACUUUCCUUCAGAGACUUGCUAAGGCUGUGGAGGAUGUGGGUGGGUUGGGUGUUUAUUACUGGGAACCUGCUUGGGUUGAUAAUGCCGGACUCGGAAGUAGUUGCGAUGAUAACUUGCUUUUUGCUUGGUCGAAUGAUCAGGCUAGGGCCAGUCUGGAAACGUUGGGUGGUCUGUGA